GCGCCAUUGAGGAGCCGCGGAGAGGAAGCGCCGCGCAGUGCCGGGCUGGGGCGGGCGGUCCGGACACCGACAGAUUCUUCUGUGACCAUGAGAGAGAGAAAUAAAGAAUAGUCCAUGAGUUUUAAACACCUUGUCUUGAGGAUAUAGUCAUGUUGGAAGGUCUUGUAGCCUGGGUUCUUAAUACCUACCUGGGGAAAUAUGUCAAUAACCUGAACACUGACCAGCUCUCCGUCGCACUUUUGAAAGGUGCUGUUGAAUUAGAAAACUUGCCUUUAAAGAAAGAUGCCUUGAAAGAACUGGAAUUACCAUUUGAGGUCAAAGCUGGCUUAAUUGGGAAAGUGACCCUUCAGAUUCCCUUCUACCGCCCCCAUGUGGACCCUUGGGUGAUCUCCAUCUCCAGCCUUCAUUUAAUUGGAGCCCCUGAAAAAAUACAGGAUUUCAAUGAUGAAAAGGAGAAGCGGUUGGAAAGGGAGCGCAAGAAAGCUCUCCUUCAGGCCCUGGAGGAAAAAUGGAAGAACGAACGCCAGCAGAAAGGGGAAUCUUACUGGUAUUCAGUCACUGCCUCAGUAGUUACGAGGAUUGUAGAGAACAUUGAAUUAAAAAUUCAAGAUGUCCACUUGCGCUUUGAAGAUGGUGUCACCAACCCUUCCCAUCCGUUUGCAUUUGGCAUCUGCAUUAAGAAUGUAUCCAUGCAAAAUGCCAUGAACGAGCCUGUACAGAAAUUAAUGCGGAAAAAGCAAUUAGAUGUGGCAGAGUUUAGCGUCUAUUGGGAUGUGGAUUGCACUUUAUUGGGGGAUUUGCCUCAGGUGGAGUUACAGGAGGCCAUGGACAGGAGCAUGGAGAGUCGUGACCAUCACUACAUCUUGGAGCCUGUGUGUGCAUCUGCUCUUCUGAAGAGAAACUGCUCCAAAGAGCCUCUGCGCUCUCGGCACACUCCCCGAAUCGAAUGUGAUAUUCACCUGGAGACCAUUCCCUUGAAACUCUCUCAGCUGCAGUACCGGCAAAUCAUGGAAUUCCUCAAGGAGCUGGAGCGAAAGGAGAGGCAGGUGAAGUUCCGAAAAUGGAAACCCAAAGUGGCUGUGUCUGAGAACUGCCGCGAGUGGUGGUAUUUCGCUUUGAAUGCCAACCUGCAUGAGAUCCGGGAGCAGAGAAAGCGCUGUACAUGGGGCUUCCUGUUGGGCCGGGCCCGUGAUGCCGUGUCUUAUACCGACAAGUACUUUACCACGUUGAGAGGAGGCUUGCUAUCUGCAGACGACAAGGAGGAAAUGUGUCGGAUUGAAGAGGAGCAGAGCUUUGAGGAACUGAAGAUUUUGCGUGAACUGGUACAUGAGCGGUUUCAUAAGCAGGAAGAACUGGCAGAGAGCCUACGGGAGCCUCAGCUGGAUCCUCUGGGAGACUCUCCUGGAGACCCAGGCCCUGGGGGAGGCAGCGGGAUGCUGCAGUACCUUCAGUCCUGGUUUCCCGGCUGGGGUGGCUGGUACGGGCAGCAGAGCCCUGAAGGGAAGCCAGUGGAGGGCCUGAUGGCGGAGCCGCAAGAGCAGUGGACUCCCGAGGAGAUCCUAGCCUCUUCUUCCUCAUGUUCAGGCUCCGAGGAGUUUUUUGACCCUACUGCGGAUGCUUCUUGUAUGAACACGUACACAAAGCGAGACCAUGUGUUUGCGAAACUGAACUUGCAGCUGCAGCGAGGGACCGUGACUCUGCUGCACCAGGAGCAGGGGGCUCCCCAGAUGAACCAGAGUGCUUUCAUGCAGCUUGAGUUUUCAGGUGUAAAACUUCUAGCAGAAUCUCUUCCUCGAAGAAACUCCUCCUUGCUCUUAGUCCGGUUGGGUGGACUAUUUCUUCGAGACCUGGCUACGGAAGGAACCAUGUUUCCUCUUCUGGUCUUCCCUAAUCCACAAAAGGAGGUUGGCAGAGUCUCCCAGUCUUUUGGACUCCAAACAACAUCUGCAGACAGAAGCCAUCAUUAUCCUGCUGCAGAUCCAGAUGACCCAGUUUUUGAGAUGCUGUAUGAGAGAAAUCCAGUGCACAGUCAUUUUGAGAGGCGGCUGAAUGUCAGCACAAGGCCCUUGAACAUCAUAUAUAAUCCCCAGGCUAUUAAAAAAGUAGCAGACUUUUUCUACAAGGGAAAGGUUCAUACCUCAGGUUUCGGUUAUCAGUCUGAACUUGAGUUGAGAGUGGCUGAAGCUGCACGAAGGCAGUACAACAGACUGAAGAUGCAGACCAAGGCGGAAAUCCGGCAGACUCUUGACCGAUUGCUAGUGGGUGAUUUCAUUGAGGAGAGUAAACGGUGGACAGUGCGACUGGACAUUUCUGCCCCUCAAGUGAUAUUUCCUGAUGACUUUAAGUUCAAGAAUCCUGUGUUGGUUGUUGUGGAUCUAGGAAGAAUGCUGUUGACCAACACCCAAGAUGACUCCAAGAGGAAGAGUGGGGAUGGGUCAGCAUCGGAAGAGAAUCAGUUCAGUGAUGAUGAAUAUAAGACCCCUCUUGCCACACCUCCCAAUACCCCACCUCCUGAGACUAGCAGCAGUAAUGGGGAGAAAACGCCUCCAUUUUCCGGAGUCGAGUUCAGUGAAGAGCAGCUUCAGGCACAUCUAAUGAGCACCAAGAUGUACGAGAGGUACUCGCUGUCCUUCCUCGACCUGCAGAUCAUGGUUGGACGUGUGAAGGACAACUGGAAGCAUGUCCAGGAUAUCGACGUGGGACCGACCCACGUGGUCGAGAAAUUCAACGUUCACCUCCAGUUAGAACGUCGAUUGAUUUAUACGUCAGAUCCCAAGUACCCCGGAGCCGUGCUCUCAGGCAACCUACCAGACCUGAAGAUCCACAUCAAUGAAGAUAAAAUAUCUGCUCUGAAGAAUUGUUUUGCUCUCCUGACCACCCCAGAAACUAAGACUUUUGACUCUCAGAUGAAGGAGAAGAUUUUUCCCCAAGGGGGACAGCGGGGAAGUUUGCAAGACUCGGUGAUGAACUUGACCCAGAGCAUCGUGAUGUUGGAGCAGCACACUCGGGAGGUCCUGGUGGAGUCACAGCUCCUCCUGGCGGAGUUUAAGGUGAAUUGCAUGCAGCUUGGCGUUGAGAGCAACGGCCGGUACAUCUCUGUGCUCAAGGUGUUUGGCACCAACGCUCACUUUGUGAAGAGGCCUUAUGACGCUGAGGUCUCCCUCACCGUUCAUGGUUUGCUCCUGGUGGACACCAUGCAGACGUAUGGCGCUGAUUUUGACCUUUUGAUGGCCUCCCACAAGAACUUGAGCUUUGAUAUCCCGACAGGAAGCCUCCGGGAUAGCAGGGCCCAGUCUCCCGUCUCUGGGUCCAAUGUGGCCCACCUCACGAGUGCUGCCACACGGAACAACCAGUCAGCCACUAGUAUUUCUCUGGACAGAGUUCUCACCAAAGAACAAGAGUCCCUCAUAAAACUGGAAUAUCAGUUUGUGAGUUCAGAGUGCCCGUCCAUGAAUUUGGACAGCACCCUUCAGGUGAUUUCAUUGCAGGUGAAUAAUUUGGAUAUCAUCCUAAAUCCAGAGACAAUUGUGGAGCUGAUUGGUUUUCUUCAAAAAUCUUUUCCCAAGGAAAAAGAUGAGUUGAGUCCUCAACCUUUAAUGACUGAUUUUGAAAGGAGCUUUAGGGAACAGGGAACUUACCAGUCUACAUAUGAACAAAACACGGAGGUUGCGGUAGAAAUCCACAGACUUAACCUGCUGCUCCUUCGGACGGUGGGAAUGGCAAAUGGAGAGAAGUAUGGUAGAAAGAUUGCAACAGCGAGUAUAGGUGGCACCAAAGUUAAUGUCUCCAUGGGCAGCACAUUUGACAUGAAUGGUUCUCUUGGCUGUUUGCAGCUUAUGGAUUUGACACAAGAGAAUGUUAAGAACCAGUAUGUUGUCAGCAUUGGAAAUUCCGUAGGCUAUGAAAAUAUCAUCAGUGAUAUUGGCUUCUAUGAAUCUGUGUUUGUCAGAAUGGAAGACGCAGGCCUCACUGAUGCUCUGAGUUUCACCUUUGUUGAGAAAUCUAAACAGGAAUGUUUUCUCAACCUCAAGAUGGCCUCCUUGCAUUACAACCACUCCGCUAAAUUCUUGAAGGAGCUGACGUUGUCCAUGGAUGAGCUGGAAGAAAAUUUUCGAAGUAUGCUGAAAAGCGCAGCCACCAAAGUCACCACGGUCCUAGCCACUAAGACAGCUGAGUACAGUGAGAUGGUGUCGCUCUUUGAAACUCCCAGGAAGGCCCGGGACUCCUUUUUCUUAGAAGAAAAUGAACCAUGUGGGUUUGGCCUAGGCGCGUCUCAUUCUGACACAGUAAAGCUCAUCUUGAACAUAAACAUUGAAUCACCAGUGGUUUCCAUCCCUCGGAAGCCUGGGAGUCCCGAGUUGCUGGUGGGACACUUGGGACAGAUCUUCAUCCAGAAUUUUGUGGCAGGAGAUGAUGAAUCCAGAAGUGACCGUCUGCAAGUGGAAAUCAAAGACAUUAAAUUAUAUUCUUUGAACUGCACCCAGUUGGCAGGCAGAGAGGGCCCCGGGCCAGAAAUGAGCCGGGCGUUCUGCCCUCUAUCUGGGUCUGCCAAUGCCAAUAGUCAAGAGGAAGCUCAUUUCACCCGACAUGAUUUCUUUGAAUCUUUGCAUAGAGGUCAAGCUUUUCACAUCCUCAACAACACGACCAUUCAGUUUAAACUGGAGAAGAUCCCUAUAGAGAAAGAAUCUGAACUGACUUUCUCACUUAGUCCAGAUGACCUGGGAGCUUCUAGCAUCAUGAAGAUUGAAGGAAAAUUUGUCAAUCCAGUUCAGGUGGUGUUAGCAAAGCAUGUAUAUGAGCAGGUUUUACAAACGCUGGACAAUCUGGUGUAUAGUGAAGAUCUGAAUAAGUUUCCAGCCAGUGCAGCCUCCUCACCCUGCCCUAAUUCUCCUCUGCCUCCCCUCAGUACCUGUGGAGAACCUUCCGCUGAAAGGAAGGAGAAUGGAUUGUUCAGCCACUCCAGUCUUUCUAACUCUUCUCAAAAGUCCUUGUCUGUGAAGGAAGUCAAAUCCUUUACUCAGAUUCAAGCCAACUUUUGUAUAUCAGAGCUUCAAGUUCAGCUAAGUGGAGAUCUGACUUUGGGGGCCCAGGGUCUUGUGAGCUUAAAAUUUCAGGAUUUUGAGGUGGAAUUCAGUAAAGACCACCCCCAGACUUUAUCCAUUCAGAUUGCCCUGCGCUCUCUGCUGAUGGAGGACUUACUGGAGAAAAAUCCAGAUUCCAAAUAUAAGAACCUGAUGGUGUCUCGGGGAGCCCCAAAGCCAUCUAGUUUAGCACAAAAAGAGUAUCUCUCUCAGUCCUGCCCUUCCGUGUCCAACGUGGAGUAUCCAGACAUGCCUCGGUCUCUCCCCUCUCACAUGGAGGAAGCUCCCAAUGUGUUUCAGCUGUAUCAGAGACCCACCUCGGCCUCCCGGAAGAAGCAGAAGGAAGUCCAGGACAAGGACUAUCCCUUGACCCCACCUCCUUCUCCAACGGUAGAUGAGUCCAAGAUACUUGCGGGAAAGAGUAAAUUUGAUGAUUCCUUGGUCCAUAUCAAUGUAUUCCUGGUGGAUAAGAAGCAUUCAGAAUUCUCUUCCAGUUACAAUCGAGUUAACAGGAGCAUUGAUGUUGAUUUUAACUGCUUGGAUGUGCUAAUCACACUGCAGACCUGGGUCGUGAUCCUAGAUUUUUUUGGAAUUGGCUCCACUGCAGACAACCAUGCGAUGAAGGUGCCGCCUGAGGACACCCUACCAAACGUGAAGUCAGAGUCAAGUGCGUUAGAGUCUGAACUGCAGGAUCCAGUUAACACCAAACUGGAUCUCAAGGUUCAUUCGCUGUCUCUCGUGCUGAAUAAGACCACCAGUGAGCUUGCCAAGGCGAAUGUGUCUAAAUUAGUGGCACACCUGGAAAUGAUUGAGGGAGACCUGGCCUUACAGGGAAGCAUUGGGAGCCUGUCUCUGAGUGAUCUUACCUCGCAUGGAGAGUUCUACCGAGAACGGUUCACUACGAGUGGGGAAGAAGCCCUCAUCUUCCAGACUUUCAAGUAUGGCCGGCCCGACCCUCUCCUCCGGAGGGAGCACGAUGUCCGAGUGAGCCUCCAGAUGGCAUCCGUGCAGUACGUGCACACCCAGCGCUUCCAGGCGGAGGUGGUGGCUUUCAUCCAGCACUUCACUCAGCUGCAGGAUGUGUUAGGGCGCCAGCGAGCUGCCAUCGAGGGGCAGACGGUGAGAGAUCAAGCACAGCGCUGUUCACGGGUUCUCCUGGAUAUUGAGGCUGGUGCUCCUGUUCUUCUUAUCCCAGAAAGUUCCAGAUCAAAUAAUCUGAUUGUAGCAAAUUUGGGAAAGUUGAAAGUCAAGAACAAAUUUCUCUUCGCUGGUUUUCCUGGGACCUUUACCUUACAAGAUAAGGAGUCUGUGCCUUCAUCUUCCCCAACUGGUACUCCCAAGCACAGUGUGAGGAAAAUGACAAGCACGGAGGACCUGAAGGGGACCCACUCCGAGGGGCUGAUCAUGAUGCCUCCUGCUGGAAUGAGUCCAGGCAGCUUGAAGAGCGAGUCUGUGCCCAGCACCUCGACCAAGCAGCAAGGGCAGGCAGCCACACCCUCUGUCGGCCGAGCUUCCAGCAGUCCAGAAGACCAUGUGUGCCUGCUGGAUUGCAUUGUUGUUGAUCUCCAAGACAUGGACAUCUUUGCUGCAGAGAGACACCCACGAGAGUAUUCCAGGGUCUCAGAAGACAGCAGCGGAGAUCUGAUCUUCCCCUCCUAUUUCGUGAGACAGACAGGAGGAAGCCUCUUGACCGAGCCCUGUAGGCUGAAAUUGCAGGUGGAAAGGAAUUUGGACAAAGAAAUAAGUCAUACGGUGCCAGACAUAUCUAUCCAUGGCAAUCUCUCCUCAGUCCACUGUUCUCUGGAUUUGUGCAAGUACAAGCUGAUCCGGGGUUUAUUGGAGAACAACCUUGGAGAGCCCAUAGAGGAAUUCAUGAGACCUUAUGAUUUGCAAGACCCAAGGAUUCACACUGUUCUGAGUGGAGAAGUAUACACGUGCAUGUGUUUCCUCAUUGAUAUGGUAAAUGUAAGUCUGGAGCUAAAAGAUCCAAAAGGAAAAGAAGGUGCUGGGUCCCUAGCCAGAUUUGACUUCAAGAAGUGUAAACUGCUCUAUGAGAGCUUUUCCAACCAAACCAAGUCCGUUAACUUGGUUUCCCAUUCCAUGAUGGCUUUUGACACCCGCUCUGCUGGGCAGAAGACCAGUCCUGGUGUGACCAAUGUGUUCACCUGCAUCUUUCAGCCCUCUAAAAGCAGCAGCACCACCCAAGGCUCCAUUCAGAUCGAACUGCACUUCAGGUCUACAAAGGAUUCCUCCUGUUUCACAGUUGUUCUCAACAAUCUCCGUGUAUUUCUCAUAUUUGACUGGCUGCUGCUGGUGCACGAUUUUCUCCAUACCUCCAGUGAUAUUAAGAAGCCAACUAAAGCUACUCCUUCUCGCCACCGUAACUCUAGCAGCGAGUCUGCUGUAAUCCCCAAAACUGUGAAAAGUGGAGUGGUUACCAAGCGGUCUUCCCUUCCUGUGUCCACCGAAAGGCACCUGGAGGUCAAGGUCAACGUAACAGGCACGGAGUUUGUGGUCGUUGAAGAUGUAUCUUGCUUCGAUACCAAUGCCAUCAUUCUCAAAGGCACCACUGUGCUCACCUACAAGCCCCGAUUUGUCGAUCGGCCCUUUUCAGGAAGUUUGUUUGGCAUUGAGGUGUUUUCGUGCCGACUAGGGAAUGAGCACGACACAGCUCUUUCAAUCGUCGAUCCAGUACAAAUUCAUGUGGAGCUGGUGGGAAAUUCUUCUUACCAGAAUAGUUCUGGAUUGAUGGAUGCAUUCAAUAGCGAAGAUUUUCCUCCCAUCUUAGAGAUUCAGUUACAGGCCCUGGAUAUCAGACUCUCCUAUAAUGAUGUUCAGCUGUUUCUUGCCAUUGCAAAAUCCAUCCCAGAGCAAGCUAACGCUGCGGUGCCAGACGCGGCGGCCUUGGAGGCCAGCUCCGUUCACAGCUACCUUCCCGGUGCUUCUCGAGGGGGCGAGGAGGUCAGAGAAGGGACAAGACACACUUUAGACCCUGUCUUGGAGUUACAGCUGGCUAGACUGCAGGAGCUGGGGUUUAGCAUGGAUGAUUGCCGCAAAGCUCUCUUGGUGUGUCAAGGUCAGCUGAAAAAAGCAGCCAGUUGGUUGUUCAAGAAUGCUGAACCCCGGACAUCCCUUUCCCUGGCCUCCAACAGUCAGCAGAGCCAGGGGGCGGCGCCGGCCCGGUUGAUCUCGGGCGUGGAGAUGAAAGCUGAGAGCGUGUGUAUCUGCUUUAUCGAUGACUGCAUGGACUGCGACGUGCCUCUAGCCGAGCUCACCUUCUCCCGUCUGAAUUUUCUGCAGCAUGUAAGAACUAGCCCCGAAGGCCACGCCCACUUCACCCUUUCUGGAGAUUAUUAUAACCGUGCUCUGUCAGGCUGGGAGCCAUUUAUUGAGCCCUGGCCAUGCUCCGUAUCCUGGCAACAACAGGCCGCUAGUCGUCUCCAUCCUCCUCGACUGAAGCUGGAAGCCAAGGCCAAACAGCGCUUGGAUGUCAACAUCACCUCUGUGCUAAUUGACCAAUACAUAAGUACCAAGGAAUCGUGGAUGGCAGAUUACUGUAAACAGGACAAGGAAGUAGACCCCACCCCAUCUGAAGACUGGAUGGGCUCGUCAGUGGAUCCUCCAUGCUUUGGACAAAGCCUCCCCCUUGUCUACCUUAGAACUAGGAGUACAGCCAGUCUGACUAACCUAGAGCACCAGAUCUAUGCUAGAGAGAUGAAAGCCCCCAAGCGCCGGCAGCCGUUUGUCCCUUUUGCUCUGAGGAAUCAUACAGGCUGCACUUUGUGGUUUGCCACACUGACCACCACGCCCACCAGGGCUGCACUGUCUCACAGUGGGAGUCCAGGUGUGGUUCCGGAAGGGAACGGGACGCUUCUGGAUGAUGCUCACAAUGUUAGCGAGUGGCGAGAAGUCCUGACGGGUGAAGAGAUUCCCUUUGAAUUUGAAGCAAGAGGAAAGCUAAGACACAGACACACCCAUGACCUCCGGAUUCAUCAACUGCAAGUGAGAGUGAAUGGCUGGGAGCAAGUGAGCCCAGUGUCUGUGGACAAAGUCGGGACCUUUUUCCGAUAUGCUGCACCAGAUAAAAAUUCCUCAUCCUCUACGAUUGGCAGCCCGAGCAGCAGGACGAAUAUUAUCCAUCCCCAGGUUUAUUUCUCUUCACUCCCACCUGUCCGGGUCGUCUUUGCAGUGACCAUGGAAGGCAGUGCUCGGAAAGUGAUCACGGUCCGAUCAGCCCUCAUUGUGAAGAACAGACUGGAGACGCCAAUGGAACUGAGAUUGGACAGUCCAUCAGCUCCAGACAAGCCUGUGGUCCUUCCUGCCAUCAUGCCAGGAGACUCUUUUGCUGUGCCUUUACACCUUACUUCUUGGCGACUGCAGGCCCGGCCCAAAGGACUGGGCGUGUUUUUCUGCAAAGCUCCUAUUCACUGGACCAAUGUAGUGAAGACUGCUGAAGUGAGUAGCAGCAAACGAGAAUGCCACUCCAUGGACACGGAGAAAAGCCGGUUCUUCAGGUUUUGUGUGGCCAUAAAGAAGGAGAAUUACCCAGAUUACAUGCCCUCCAACAUAUUUUCUGACAGUGCAAAACAGAUUUUCAGACAGCCUGGGCAUACCAUAUACCUCUUGCCGACAGUGGUCAUCUGCAACUUGCUUCCUUGUGAACUUGAUUUUUAUGUUAAAGGAAUGCCCAUUAAUGGGACACUGAAACCUGGCAAGGAGGCGGCUCUCCACACAGCUGAUACCUCCCAGAACAUUGAACUGGGGGUGUCCCUGGAGAAUUUUCCACUCUGCAAAGAAUUGCUCAUUCCACCCGGAACCCAAAACUAUAUGGUAAGAAUGAGGCUCUACGACACCAACCGGCGGCAGCUGAACCUUACCAUCCGGAUUGUAUGUCGAGCAGAAGGAUCUUUGAAGAUCUUCAUUUCGGCUCCGUAUUGGUUGAUUAACAAAACUGGGCUACCACUGAUCUUCAGACAGGACAAUGCGAAGACGGAUGCUGCAGGCCAGUUCGAAGAACACGAGCUGGCCCGGAGCCUGAGCCCUCUCUUAUUCUGCUAUGCUGACAAAGAGCAGCCAAACCUCUGCACGAUGAGAAUCGGAAGGGGGAUUCACCCUGAAGGCAUGCCAGGCUGGUGUCAGGGCUUCUCCCUGGAUGGUGGUAGUGGCGUCCGAGCUCUCAGAGUCAUCCAGCAAGGAAACCGCCCAGGGCUGAUCUAUAACAUUGGUAUUGAUGUCAAGAAAGGCCGAGGCCGAUAUAUUGACACCUGUAUGGUCAUCUUUGCUCCCCGUUACCUGUUGGAUAAUAAGUCAUCCCACAAGCUUGCAUUUGCACAGAGGGAAUUUGCCAGGGGACAGGGAACAGCCAAUCCUGAAGGUUACAUUUCCACGCUUCCUGGUUCCAGUGUGGUGUUCCACUGGCCUCGGAAUGACUAUGAUCAGCUGUUAUGUGUCCGGCUGAUGGAUGUUCCCAAUUGUAUUUGGUCUGGAGGCUUUGAAGUCAACAAGAAUAAUUCCUUCCAUAUCAACAUGAGGGAUACUCUGGGAAAAUGCUUCUUCCUGCGUGUGGAAAUUACUCUCCGAGGAGCUACCUAUAGGAUCUCCUUCAGUGAUACAGAUCAGUUACCCCCUCCUUUCCGAAUUGACAACUUUUCUAAGGUCCCGGUUGUCUUCACUCAGCAUGGCGUUGCUGAGCCCAGGCUCCGCACUGAAGUGAAGCCCAUGACUUCCUUGGAUUAUGCUUGGGAUGAACCCACCCUGCCACCUUUUGUUACUCUGACUGUUAAAGGGGCAGGUUCCUCUGAGAUCAGCUGCAACAUGAAUGAUUUCCAGGAUAACCAGCAGCUUUAUUAUGAAAAUUUCAUUUACAUUGCUGCUACAUACACGUUCUCUGGUUUACAGGAGGGGACAGGACGGCCUGUGACUUCCAACAAAGCCAUUACUUGUGCAGAGCUUGUCUUGGAUGUCUCACCGAAGACACAGAGAGUCAUUUUAAAGAAGAAGGAACCAGGGAAGCGCUCUCAGCUGUGGAGGAUGACUGGAACAGGCAUGCUGGCCCACGAGGGCUCUUCCGUGCCUCACAACCCCAGUGAGCCCUCGGCUGCCCGCUCCGCCGAGGGCUCUGCCAUCUUGGAUAUAGCUGGUCUCGCUGCAGUCACUGACAACAGAUACGAGCCACUAAUGCUUCGGAAGCCUGACCGUAGGCGGAGCACAACCCAGACUUGGAGUUUCCGAGAAGGGAAGCUGACCUGCGGGCUACAUGGACUGGUGGUCCAGGCCAAAGGAGGGCUGUCUGGUUUGUUUGAUGGAGCUGAAGUUGUUCUUGGUCCGGACACUUCCAUGGAGCUUCUGGGGCCAGUUCCACCUGAACAACAAUUUAUUAACCAAAAAAUGAGGCCUGGUUCUGGAAUGUUGUCCAUCAGAGUUGUUCCAGAUGGACCAACUAGAGCACUCCAGAUAACAGAUUUCUCCCAACGGAAAAGUGACCGUUCAUCAUAUGAAGUGGAUGAACUUCCUGUUACUGAACGAGAGCUGCAGAAACUAAAGAAUCCAGACACAGAGCAGGAAUUGGAAGUGCUUGUGAAGUUAGAAGGUGGAAUUGGGCUGUCUUUAAUUAAUAAAGUCCCAGAAGAACUGGUCUUUGCAAGUCUUACGGGAAUCAACGUGCACUACACGCAGCUGGCCACCAGUCACAUGCUUGAACUCAGCAUACAGGAUGUACAGGUGGACAACCAGCUCAUUGGCACCACUCAGCCCUUCAUGCUCUACGUGACCCCUCUGAGCAACGAGAAUGAGGUCAUUGAGACAGGCCCGGCUGUGCAGGUGAAUGCGGUGAAGUUCCCCAGUAAGAGCGCGCUGACCAACAUCUACAAGCACCUGAUGGUCACGGCUCAGAGAUUCACGGUACAAAUUGAGGAGAAACUGCUCCUCAAGCUGCUGAGUUUCUUUGGCUAUGAUCAAGCUGAAUCAGAGGUGGAAAAAUAUGAUGAAAACCUCCACGAAAAGACAGCUGAGCAAGGCGGGACGCCAAUCCGAUACUACUUUGAGAAUCUCAAAAUCAGUAUUCCCCAGAUCAAGCUGAGCGUGUUCACCUCCAACAAGCUUCCACUGGACCUCAAGGCCCUGAAAAGCACCUUGGGAUUUCCAUUGAUUCGAUUUGAAGAUGCCGUGAUCAAUCUGGAUCCAUUCACUCGAGUGCAUCCCUAUGAGACCAAGGACUUCAUCAUCAAUGAUAUCCUCAAACAUUUCCAGGAGGAACUCCUUAGUCAGGCAGCUCGGAUCCUGGGGUCGGUGGACUUCCUUGGCAACCCCAUGGGGCUUUUGAAUGACGUUUCUGAAGGGGUGACUGGACUGAUAAAGUAUGGAAACGUUGGGGGCCUUAUCAGAAAUGUUACCCAUGGAGUAUCAAAUUCUGCUGCCAAGUUCGCAGGGACUUUAUCAGAUGGCUUAGGGAAGACGAUGGAUAAUCGGCACCAGUCAGAGCGGGAGUAUAUCAGAUACCACGCGGCCACAAGUGGCGAGCACCUUGUGGCCGGCAUCCACGGGCUGGCUCAUGGUAUCAUUGGUGGACUGACCAGUGUUAUAACCUCAACCGUGGAAGGUGUAAAAACAGAAGGUGGUGUCAGCGGUUUCAUAUCUGGCCUUGGGAAAGGGCUUGUUGGCACUGUCACCAAGCCAGUGGCAGGCGCCCUGGAUUUUGCAUCAGAAACAGCCCAGGCGGUGAGAGACACAGCCACGCUUAGUGGCCCCAGGACUCAAGCACAGAGGGUACGGAAGCCACGCUGCUGCACAGGGCCCCAGGGCCUGCUUCCCCGCUACUCGGAGAGCCAGGCAGAGGGCCAGGAGCAGCUCUUCAAACUGACAGACAACAUACAGGAUGAAUUCUUCAUCGCCGUGGAGAACAUCGACAGCUACUGCGUGCUCAUCUCCUCCAAAGCCGUCUACUUCCUGAGAAGCGGGGACUAUGUCGACCGAGAGGCCAUUUUCCUGGAGGUCAAAUAUGACGAUCUCUACCACUGCCUCGUCUCCAAAGACCAUGGGAAAGUGUAUGUGCAGGUCACCAAGAAGGCUGUGAACACGAGCAGCGGUGUGUCCAUCCCAGGCCCUUCUCACCAGAAGCCCAUGGUCCAUGUGAAAUCAGAGGUCCUUGCUAUCAAGUUAUCACAAGAAAUAAACUAUGCAAAGAGCCUUUACUAUGAACAGCAACUGAUGUUAAGACUCAAUGAAAACCAAGAGCAGUUGGAGCUGGACUCCUGAGAAACCCCAGCUGCUGGAGGGACAUUCCCAAAGACAGACCCCAAACCAAUCAGGAGGAGAGAGGCCCAUGGGCUUGGCUUAAAUUUGAGGAAACCAGAAUAAGGUUUGGGGGAUGAUAUCAAGAGGGGAAGUAAAUACUGAUGAGGGGGAUACAGAUGGAACUGUGUUCAUUUGUGGGGCAAGGAAUUGCUCUAGAUUAUGGGGAGGUAAUUUUUAAAAGACAUCGGUUGAAUAACGUUUGGAAAAAAAAAGAAAGCGUACCAAGAUCAAUCUAAUUUUUAGAUUGCCCUGUAUUUUGUUAACAUGUAUAUAUUGAUAUAUAUACAGCUGUGUGUUUGUAAAUAUAUAGAAGCGUUUCUGAACAGGGACUAUGAUGUGUGUAAAGGAUUGUUAACUGUAAAGUAAUAUAAAAUUAUAUUGGAUCUUCUAUUGCACUAAUUCUACAUGUCUAAUUCAGGGUACUAUCCGUGAAGAGGGAUUCUUGCAAGUUGCAGAAUAUUAUGUCUUAGUCUGGGAAACGAGGGUAUUCACAGUUGGGUGGGCUGAGGUGAGGUGACGGGUACAUCAAGAGUGACACCUUUCAUACCUGUGCUCGUCCAGACAGCAGCAGCGAACCAAAGUGUCCAGAUCUAGAGCUGGCCCUCAACAAAGCCUAGGGGAGUGACUCAGAUGCAUCUUUUAUUGAUUUCUCCCCCAGUUUAAAGAUGGUUCUUAGAGUGUCACAGAUUGUUUUUAUCUGCCUAAAUCUCUGGCUCUCUCCUGACUGGUCUUGCCAGACUUCAAGGUGUGUGCUGUUAGCACACAUGCACACACACCAGCAUUACAGGCUUUUCUUGGGUUAUUAUCAUACAGGCCAGUCUGAAACAUUGGUAGACUCUGAUAACUUAGAAGGGAAAAAACCCCACAGAACUGGGUAACAAAUCAAAAGUCCAGAAACGUAGCAAAGCCCACAGUAAGAAUGUCCUCCUUCCUGAGCAGCAGUCAGAGGGAAGGACCUAGGACUCUCUUCUCCCUAAUAAAGCUGCAGGCAGACUCCCAGCUCUGCAGCCCUGGGGACCCGGAGACGGUAACACUGAGAUGAGAAGGGAGACGGAGAGAAUCAGAAAGGGGAAUGAAAUCUGAGUAUUAAAAAGCUGUUUUUGUAAGUUUGAGGCCAAGAUUUGGCCAGAAUAGCUCUUGCCCUUGGUUUUAAAUUCCAAACAGUGGCAAGGCCUUGGAGUGAGUGCCAUCUUCUCCCUGGGUCUUGUUUGCAGGGUUUUCUCUUUUCUGUAUGGAAUAACCAAGUUGGGGAGGGGUAGGCCUCACUCUGGAAUGAAUGACUAGACUUGUGAUUUUUAAAAUUUUUAUUUUAAUAAAUCUACUCAGUCUCUAC